AUGGAAGGGCCUAGCAAUGACAAGCGGAUUUACGGGACCUCUGUGAAAAGAGUGGGAGGACACAUACUAACAUCUUAGGUCUCUGGCAUAAGGGGCUUGCGGGACCUGGAUCCUGAGCCAGGGAUCUCUGCACAGGAGACUGAAGCUGUGGACUCCUUGGCCAUGUCCUUCUGGGAAAGGCGGCUCCAUCGGGCCAAAUGUGCACCAUCUUACUUGUUCUCCUGCUUCAACGGGGGCGAGUGUGUGCACCCAGCCUUCUGUGACUGCAGACGCUUCAAUGCCACUGGACCGCGCUGCCAGAUGGUGUACAACGCUGGCCCUGAGCGGGACAGCAUCUGCCGGGCGUGGGGACAGCACCAUGUGGAGACAUUUGAUGGCCUCUACUACUACCUCUCUGGGAAGGGCAGCUACACACUGGUGGGGCGCCAUGAACCCGAGGGACAGACCUUCUCCGUCCAGGUGCACAACGACCCGCAGUGCGGCUCCUCCCCCUACACCUGCUCCAGGUCUGUCAGCCUCUUCUUGGCGGGUGAGCAGGAGCUCCGUCUGGCCAAGGAGGUCACCCACGGAGGAGUGAGGGUCCAGCUGCCUCAUGUGAUGGGGAGCAUGCACCUGCAGAGGCUCGCUGGCUACGUCCUUGUGCGGUAUCAGUCCGCCUUCACGCUGGCCUGGGACGGUGCCUCCGCUGUCUAUAUCAAGAUGAGCCCGGAGUUCCUGGGCUGGACCCAUGGGCUGUGUGGGAACAACAAUGCUGACCCCCAGGACGACCUGGUGACCAGCUAUGGGAAGCUGACGGACGAUGUGGCUGAGUUUGUGCACAGCUGGCAGGAGCAGGCCCCUAACCAGCCUCCAGGGCCCACAACCUCCUCCCUGCCUCGCCCGCCGUGCCUGCAGCAGAGCCUGGGAGCCAUGCAGAGUGUGUAUGACCGAUGUGAGGCGCUGCUGAGGCCCCCCUUUGAUGCCUGCCACGCCUACGUCAGCCCUCUGCCCUUCGCGGCCAGCUGUACCAGCGAUCUCUGCCAGUCAGCGGGUGAUGAAGCCGCCUGGUGUCGGGCACUGGCUGAGUAUGCCCGGGCGUGUGCCCAGGCGGGGCGGCCCCUGCAGGGCUGGAGGACCCAGCUCCGGCAAUGCACCGUGCACUGUAAGGAGAAGGCCUUUACCUACAACGAGUGCAUCACCUGCUGCCCCACCUCCUGCCAGCCCAGGGCAGCCUGCGUGGACAGCGAGAUUGCCUGUGUGGACGGCUGCUACUGCCCCGAUGGGUUGAUCUUCGAGGAUGGGAGCUGUGUGGCACCAGCUGAUUGUCCCUGUGAGUUCCACGGGACCCUGUACCCGGUCGGCUCUGUGGUGAAAGAAGACUGCAAUUCCUGCACAUGCACUGCGGGCAAGUGGGUGUGCAGCACAUCUGUCUGCCCAGCCGAGUGUUCGGUGACUGGCGACAUCCACUUCACCACCUUUGACGGCCGCCGGUACACGUUCCCUGCCACGUGUCAGUACAUCCUGGCCAAGAGCCGUUCCUCGGGCACCUUCACAGUGACAUUGCAGAACGCCCCCUGUGGCCUGAACCAGGAUGGAGUCUGUGUCCAGUCGGUGUCAGUGAUUCUGCACCAGGACCCUCGGAGACAGGUGACCCUGACCCAAGCGGGGGAUGUCCUUCUGUUUGACCAGUACAAGGUCACCCCACCCUACACGGACGAUGCCUUUGAGAUCCGGAGGCUGUCCUCCGUGUUCCUGCGGGUGAGGACCAACGUGGGCGUGCGGGUGCUCUACGAUCGAGAAGGCCUGCGGCUCUACCUGCAGGUGGACCAGCGAUGGGUGGAGGACACAGUGGGCCUCUGCGGCACCUUCAACGGCAACACGCAGGACGACUUUUUGUCCCCAGUGGGAGUGCCUGAGAGCACGCCACAACUCUUUGGCAAUUCUUGGAAAACACUGUCUGCCUGCUCCCCGCUGUCCUCUGGCUCCCCCCUGGACCCCUGUGACAUGCAUCUGCAAGCCGUCUCCUACGCGGUGCAGGCCUGCAGCGUGCUCAUGGAGGAGCUGUUUGCGCCCUGCUCCCUGUACCUGAGCCCCGAUAAUGACCCCACACUACACAGUUGUGGGGACAGUUCCAUUUUCUAUACAGCACUGUCCUGUGAGGCCACCAAGGAGUACAGCCCCUGCGUGGCCCUGUGUGGACAAACCUGCCAGGACCUGGCUGGCCCUGAGGCCUGUGGCGGUGACCUCAGCGAGGACGAGUGUGUGGAGGGCUGUGCCUGCCCACCGGACACCUAUCUGGACACCCAGGCUGACAUCUGUGUUCCCAGGAACCAGUGCUCCUGCCACUUCCAAGGAGUGGACUAUCCCCCGGGGGACAGCGACAUCCCGUCUCUGGGCCACUGCCACUGCAAAGAUGGGGUCAUGAGCUGUGACAGCAGAGCCCCAGCCGCUGCCUGCCCAGCCGGACAGGUCUUCGUGAACUGCAGCGACCUGCACACCGACCCCGAGCUGAGCAGAGAGAGGACGUGUGAGCAGCAGCUGCUGAACCUGAGCGUGCCAGCCCGGGGCCCCUGCCUCUCAGGCUGCGCCUGUCCCCAAGGCCUCCUCAGACACGGGGAUGCAUGUUUCCUGCCGGAGGAGUGCCCAUGCACCUGGAAGGGGAAGGAGUAUUUCCCUGGGGACCAGGUCAUGUCUCCUUGCCAUACCUGCGUGUGCCAGCAAGGCUCCUUCCAGUGUGCCCUCCAUCCCUGUGCCGCCACCUGCACGGCCUAUGGCGACCGGCAUUACCGCACGUUUGACGGGCUCCCGUUUGACUUCGUGGGCGCAUGCAAGGUGCACCUGGUCAAGAGCACAUCAAAUUUCAGCUUCUCUGUGAUUGUAGAAAAUGUAAACUGCUACAGCUCUGGCAUCAUCUGCAGGAAAUUUAUUUCCAUCAACGUUGGGAACUCACUCAUCAUCUUUGAUGACGACUCGGGAAAUCCCAGUCCUGAGAGCUUCCUGGACGAGAAGCAAGAGGUCCACACGUGGCAAGCAGGGUUCUUCACGCUGGUCCACUUCCCGCGGGAGCACGUCACCCUCCUCUGGGACCAGAGGACCACAGUGCACAUCCAGGCUGGGCCGCAGUGGCAGGGCCAGCUGGCGGGGCUCUGUGGGAACUUUGACUUAAAAACCAUCAAUGAGAUGAGGACCCCGGAGAACUUGGAGUUAACUAACCCCCAGGAAUUUGGCAGCAGCUGGGCUGCAGUUGAGUGCCCAGACACCCUCGAUGCCCGGGACACGUGUGUCCUGAAUCCUCUCCGAGAACCGUUCGCCAAGAAGGAGUGCAGCAUCCUGCUCAGCGAGGUGUUUGAGACCUGCCACCCUGUGGUUGAUGUCACCUGGUUUUACUCAAACUGCCUGACGGACACAUGUGGGUGUAGCCGGGGCGGUGACUGUGAGUGCUUCUGUGCCAGCGUGUCCGCCUAUGCCCACCAGUGCUGCCAGCACGGGGUGGCCAUCGACUGGCGGACCCCGCGUCUCUGCCCAUACGACUGUGACUUCUUUAACAAAGCACUAGGUAAGGGCCCCUACCAACUGGCCAGCCAGGGGGCUGGUGGUGCCCGCGUGGCCAUGAAGGCGGCAGGCGGUGCCAUAGUCCUGGUGAGCGCAGAGGAUGUGGCCCCGGGGGACAUUGUGAACUUCCUGCUGACGGCUGCACUGGACAAGGCCAAGGCCCAUGAUCCGGAUGUGGUAUCCCUGGAGGCAGCGGACAGACCCAACUUCUUCCUCCACGUCACAGCCAACGGGUCUCUGGAACUGGCCAAGUGGCAGGGCAGCAACGCCUUCCACCACCACGCCUCCUUCUCGCUGCACCAGGGGACCUGGCGGGCAGGCCUGGUGGCCCUGGAGUCCCUGGCGGAGCCUGGCUCUUUCCUUCACGUGUCAGGCCCCACGCUGGCCCUGCGGCCAUACGAGCACUCCGAGGUCUUCCGCCGGGGCACACUCUUCCGCCUUCUGGAUGCCAAGCCAUCGGGGGCUGCCUACCCCAUCUGCGAGUGGCGCUACGAUGCCUGUGCUAGCCCCUGCUUCCAAACCUGCCGGGACCCCAGGGCAGCCAGCUGCCAGGACGUGCCCAGGGUGGAAGGCUGUGUGCCGGCAUGCCCCACCCCCAAGGUCCUGGAUGAGGUCACACAGAGAUGCGUCUACGUGGAGGACUGUGUGGAGCCUGCAGUUCUGGCUCCCACGGAGGCCCGUGGCAACGAGACCCUGCCUCCGAGUCAAGAGCUGCCCACCCCCAGGGACCAGGAGCUACAGUUCCCACAGGACACUCCCGGGGCCCCCUCCCAUAGGCCGGCAUUCACCCCAGCUGCCCCGCCCACCACGGCCCUGAACCCAUCCCUGGCAGCCACUGAGGGGCCACCGCUGCCCCCAGCCCCCACCCAGGAGCCCCUGGGGGUCACGGCAUCUAACCUCCCUGCCCAUGCCACAGGGGCCCCAGCCAGCAAGGGAGUGACCGCCAGCCUCCCCAGCACCCCGCAUGCCCCAAGGUCCUCCUCCCUCCCCCAUUUGCGGCAGAUGUCCACACCUGGCAUGGGGUUGGGUGCCAUGGAGACGACCAGGGUCACCAUGACCUUUGCAGGGAGCCCCAACAUUACAGUCUCCUCACAGUCACCCCCUGCACCUCGCUUCCCACUCAUGACCAAAGCGGUGACGGUCCCAGGCCCUGGCUCCUUGCCUGUUAGGACGACACCCCUACAGGCCUUGCCCAGCCUGGGCUUGCCUGCAGGUCCCUCCUCCAGGCCUGUGGCUUCCCCUGCAGUGACCUCCAGGCCCCCCACUUCCUCACAGUCCCACGAGACUUGGCUGACACCUGCAGUAACGAAGGUCACAAAUAGGACAGGGAUCCCCCAGUCCAUACAGACCCAGCCCAUUCCCAGUCCCAGCAGCCCCCCAGCCGAGCCUGGGGCAGCAGCAGAACAGGCUUCUGUCAGCCCUGUGGCGACCCAGGGAGUGGAGAUGGUGCCACCCACAGAGAAGGUCCACCUGGGGCCAGGCCAGCCCACGGGCCUGCUGCCAUCCCCACUUCCCAGCCCACUCCCCACUGCCCCGCCCCACCCCUCCGGGCACACCACCACAGUCGCCAGGCCUCCAGCACCACCCCCAGGGACUCCGGCUGCCACUGGCCUGUCCACAGUUGCCCAUGGGCUGGGGGCCACACCCUUCGUAUCUCCGGAGUCAACUCGACCCCCCCAGCUCCUCUCUGGCCUACCCCCUGACACCAGCCUACCCCUGGCCAAGGUGGGCACAUCUGCCCCAGUGGCCACUCCUGGCCCCGAGGGCCCUGUCAUCACCCCUCCACUCCAGCAACAGGCCACAUCUCCUGCCAUGGCCGCGACUCCAUCUGCUCAGCCCCUCAGCCCUGCACGGCCUCUCACCCCAGCUAUGGUGGCCCAGGUGCACCCACCCAGUCACACAACCCCUCCGGCAGCAGGCACAGUUCUAGGCCCGCUUCUGGGAGCCACAUUGCCAACCUCUGGAGUGGUGACUGUGGCUGAGGGGGUGGCCUCCACAGUAUCUGUUGCCCCACGAAAGAGCACCACGGAGAAGACGGCCAUCCUGUCCAAGCAGGUGUCUCUGCCCACCUGGGUGCAUGGCUCUGCCCAGGAGGGGCCCACAGCGCUCACGCCUGCUGUGGCCCACACUCUUGCUACCUUGGUGACUGAGGCCAAGGAUCCCUGGGCCGGCACAGGGCCACUGGUGCCCACAUCCCAUCCCCUGAGCCCUGUCUCGGCCAGGACCGCCUCCCGAGAGAGCUCACUGGUUCUCCUCCCUCAACUCCCUGAGGCCCAUGGAACCUCGGCAGGACCUUGGCCCCCCGCAGAGCCAGUGGGAGAGGCCACCACGGAGCACUCUGGGCGCUCGGCCCCAGUCCAGAGUAUCUCCGAGGGUUCAGCCGUGGCCUUGGCAACCACCACUGAGGCCAACGCAUCUGCCAUGUGUGUCCCAAUCGCGGAGGAGGACUGCAUCCGCCACAUCUGCCUGGAGGACCAGCUGAUCCGGGUGAACCUGACUCAGCACUGUCCCCAGGGUGCUGCACCCCUUCACUGUGGGGUCCUGGGCCUCUCAGUGAGAGUGGGCGGGGACCGCUGCUGCCCCUUCUGGGAAUGUGCCUGCCGAUGCUCCAUCUUCCCUGAUCUGAGCUUUGUGACCUUCGAUGGGAGCCAUGCAGCCCUGUUCAAGGAGGCCAUCUACACCCUCAGCCAGAGCCCAGACGAAAUGGUCACCGUCCACGUCCUCGACUGCAAAAGCGCCAACCUGGGGCACCUGAACUGGCCCCCGUUUUGUCUGGUGAUGCUGAAUGUGACUCACCUGGCCCAUCAGGUCACCAUUGAUCGCUUCAACCGGAAGGUGACAGUGGACUCACAGCCUGUACGGCCCCCCGUGAGCAGGUAUGGGUUCAGAAUUGAGGACACAGGCCACAUGUACGUAAUGCGGACGCCGUCACACAUCCUGAUCCAGUGGCUCCACAGCUCGGGACUCAUGAUCCUGGAGGCCAGCAAAGCCAGCGAGGCUCAGGGCCGUGGCCUGUGCGGUAUCUGUGAUGGGGACGCGGCCAAUGACCUCACCCUGGAGGAUGGUUCUGUGGUGGGCGAGGACGAGGACCCUGCUCCCUUUCUGGACAGCUGGCAGGUGCCCAGUUCCCUGACCUCCGUGGGCCAGACCCGCUUCCGCCCAGACAGCUGUGCCACGGCUGACUGCUCUCCCUGCAUCCGCAUGGUGUCCAACCGCACCUUCAGCGCCUGCCACAGCUUUGUCUCUCCAGAGUCGUUCUGUGAGCUGUGGAUCCGGGACACCAAGUACGUGCAGCAGCCCUGCGUGGCACUGACCGUGUACGUGGCCAUGUGCCACAAGUUCCACGUGUGCAUCGAGUGGCGGCGCUCCGACUACUGCCCCUUCCUGUGCUCCAGCGACUCCACGUACCAGGCCUGUGUGGCGGCCUGUGAGCCUCCCGAGUCCUGCCAGGAUGGGAUGCUGGGCCCGCUGGACCCGGAGCAGUGCCAGGUGCUGGGCGAGGGCUGCGUCUGCUCUGAGGGCACCCUCUUGCACCGCCGCCACUCGGCGCUCUGCAUCCCUGAGGAGAAGUGCGCCUGCACGGACAGCACGGGGGUGCCGCGGGCCCUGGGGGAGACCUGGAACAGCUCCCUCAGCGGAUGCUGCCAACACCAGUGCCAAGCUCAGGACACCAUCGUCCCAGUGGACCUGGACUGCCCGGGCCCCCGCCCUGAGACCUGUCCCCGCUUUGGGGAGGUGGCCCUGCUCCGGCCCACGGAGGAUCCGUGCUGCCUGGGGGCUGUUUGUGUGUGUAACCAGACCCUAUGUGAGGGCCUUGCCCCCACCUGCCAGCCAGGCCACCGACUCAUCGCCCACUUCCAGGAGGAAUCCUGCUGCCCCAGCUACAGCUGUGAGUGUGACCCAGACCAGUGUGAGGCCGAGGUGAUCCCCAGCUGCCGCCAGGACCAGAUCCUGAUCGCCGGCCGCCUAGGGGAUUCGUGCUGCACCUACUACUUCUGCACCUGUGGCGACUGCCCAGAUCCGAUCCCCGAGUGUCAGGAGGGGGAGGCGCUCACUGUGGACAGCAACACCACGGAGCUCUGCUGCCCUCUGUACCAGUGCGUGUGUGAGAACUUCCGCUGCCCCCAAGUGCAGUGUGGCAUGGGCACUGCCCUGGUGGAGGUGUGGAGCCCAGACCGCUGCUGCCCCUACAAGUCCUGUGAGUGUGACUGCGACACAAUCCCAGUGCCCCGGUGCCAUCUGUGGGAGAAGUCCCAGCUGGACGAGGAGUUCAUGCACAGCGAGGAGAACGUGUGUGGCUGCGCCAAAUACGAGUGCGUGAAGGCUGCCGUAUGUCUGAGCCGAGAGCUGGGGGUGAUGCAGCCGGGCCAGACGGUGGUGGAGCUCUCGGCCGAUGGCGUGUGCCACACCUCCCGCUGCACUGACCUGCUGGACCCUCUCACCGGCUUCUACCAGAUCAACACCACCUCUGUGCUGUGUGACGUCCACUGCGAGGCGAACCAGGAGUAUGAGCACCCGCGGGACCUGGCGGCCUGCUGCGGCUCCUGCAGGAACGUGUCCUGCCUCUUCACUUUCCCCAACGGCACCACCUCCCUGUUCUUGCCCGGGGCGUCCUGGAUUGCAGAGUGCGCCCGCCACCACUGCAGCAGCACCCCCCUGGGCGCCGUGCUGGUCCGCUCGCCCAUCAGCUGCCCACCGCUCAAUGAGACUGAGUGUGCCAAGGUCGGGGGCUCGGUGGUCCCUUCCCUGGAAGGAUGCUGCAGGGCAUGUAAAGAGGAUGGGCGCUCCUGCAAGAAAGUGACCAUCCGCAUGACCAUCCGCAAGAAUGAAUGCAGGAGCAACACCCCUGUGAACCUAGUGUCCUGUGAUGGGAGGUGCCCAUCCGCCAGCAUCUACAACUACAACAUCAACGCCUACGCCCGUUUCUGCAAGUGCUGCCGAGAGGUGGGCCUGCAGCGGCGCUCCGUGCAGCUCUUCUGUGCCACCAACGCCACCUGGGUGCCCUACACAGUGCAGGAGCCCACCGACUGUGCCUGCCAGUGGUCCUGA